AUGGCCGACGACGACGCCGAGCGUGCCUUCUUUCGAUCUCAAGCACUGAACAUGGAGAGCUAUGAGACUGGUGAAAAUCACGGGGAGGAUGGUUCAGAUUCAGAUGAAUAUGACCCUUCGAUGACUGUGGGACAUGAAUAUUCUGUGGAUUCGACAAAUCCCCAAAAUAUCGUACCAAGUUCUUCUCAUGUUGCUGAUAUUUCUGGUCCUGAUUCUCUGCAACGGAGGAAUGUCUCCGGUGAAUUACCUCAAGUUCAAGAUUCAAAUAGCACAUUUCCUUCAAAGUCGUCAUCCAGAUCCGAAUCCAUGACCUCAUCUUCAGCGUAUCCAUCUGCGCAUGCCGUGAACUCAAAUAUUGAUGUCGCGGACGUGGAGACUCAGGAAGGGGAGGCUGGUGAAGGGGAUGGACCUGAUACUGAAUACGAACCACCUGGGGUAUUAGAUCAUGUUCAGGAUACGACUUCAACUCCUGCAGAUAUACAACAGCGUUCUCUUUCUCAAAAUUUCAAUGAAACUGUUUCUUCAUUUCAUGUAUCGCAGCAACAGACUGUGUCAGACAAACCAACUUCACAUGAUGUUCCUAAUAACCUCUCUUCUACUGCUCCUCCUGCUGCUGCUUUACUGCAGAGUGAUACUAUGUCCAAACCAGAUGAAACAGCUUUAGCAGUCCCUUCUAUUGCUCAGUCAACCAGCAGCUCCAUAGCUGUGACCCCCACCCCCACCCCUGUUUCCAAAGGCCGGUUACCCCAUGACAGAGUUGGAAUAUUGGAGGAUAGAAUUCAGGCCGAUCCUCGUGGUGAUACCGGCGCAUGGCUAGAAUUAGUUAGUGAGCACCGAAGUCGGAAUAAGCUCGAUAGUGCCCGUCAGGUCUAUGAGAGAUUUUUCAAACUAUUCCCUUGGGCAGCUGACCAAUGGAUCGCGUAUGCGAAUAUGGAGUCCGAGUAUAACGAACUAUAUCGCCUGGAGCAGAUUUUUAACAAAAGUCUUCUUAAUAUUCCCAAUGUUCAUUUGUGGUCUGUUUAUCUCGACUAUGUGCGUCGCCGUAACAAUCUGAUGACAGAUACUACCGGACAUGCGCGACGUAUCAUCUCUUCUGCGUAUGACUUUGCUCUACAAAAUAUUGGUAUUGAUAAAGAUUCGGGUCCAGUUUGGCUUGACUACAUUCAAUUUAUCAAAUCUGGCUCAGGUAAUAUUGGCGGUUCCGGGUGGCAAGAUCAACAAAAAAUGGAUUUGCUUCGGAAGGCGUAUCAGCGAGCCAUAUGCAUACCUAUGCAAGCUGUUAAUGCGUUGUGGAAAGAGUAUGAUCAGUUUGAAAUGGGACUCAAUAAGCUCACGGGUAGAAAAUUCAUCCAGGAAAAAUCUCCUUCGUAUAUGACCGCUCGAAGUUCCUACACCGAGCUUCAAAAUAUUACUAGAGAUCUUAUUCGUACUUCACUUCCCAAGCUACCACCUGCCCCUGGGUUUAGCGGUCAUAUCGAGUAUACAAAACAAGUUGAAAUUUGGAGACGCUGGAUCAAAUGGGAAAUAGAUGAUCCACUGGUACUCAAGGAAGAAGAUGCCCCCGCCUACAAGUCCCGCGUUUUGUAUGUCUACAAACAAGCACUGAUGGCUUUGAGAUUUAUGCCACAAUUGUGGUUUGACGCAGCUGAUUUCUGUUUUCGAAAUGGCAUGGAUACAGAAGGGACUGAUCUUCUCAAGCAAGGAAUUGAAGCUAACCCAGAAAGCUCUUUACUUGGAUUCAAGUUAGCAGAUCAGGUUGAAAUAGCAUCUGCAUCCGAACAAGAUCGUUCGAAGCGUGGAGCUGCCGUGAGGGAGCCCUAUGAUAAAUUGCUUGAUGCCCUGUACGACCUAAUAACAAGGGCCAAAAGCCAAGAGGCACAGGAUAUGGCGAAAAUUCAGGAACGGUUUUCAGUGGAAUCGACACAACCGACUGCUCGGAAUAAUAAGGAUGAAGAUGAGGAAGUAGAUGGUGCAAGGGCAAAGGAAACUGCAAAAGCUAAUGAAAUCGAGACUGUGAAAAAGUUGCACGGCGAACACAUUGCCCUCCUCUCGAAGACAAUAUCGCAUGCCUGGAUCGCUCUCAUGCGGGCGAUGCGCCGUAUUCAAGGCAAAGGAAAGCCCGGAGAAAUUGCUGGGUCACGACAGAUCUUUGCCGAUGCACGUAAACGCGGGCGGAUCACAAGUGAUGUUUAUAUUGCAAGUGCAUUGAUUGAGUACCAUUGUUAUAAAGACCCCGCAGCAACGAAAAUCUUUGAGCGAGGCGCAAAACUUUUCCCGGAUGAUGAGGUUUUUGCGUUGGAAUACCUCAAACACCUCAUUGAUAUCAACGAUAUUACCAAUGCAAGGGCGGUCUUUGAGACAACUGUCCGAAGACUGGCAUCAUCCCCUGAAAACGUCGCAAAGGCGAAACCGAUAUUCGCUUUUCUCCAUGAAUAUGAGUCUAGAUAUGGCGACCUCACUCAAAUUAUAAACCUGGAGGCCCGGAUGAGAGAACUAUUCCCUGACGAUGCGAUGCUCCAACAAUUCGCCCACCGUUAUUCCUCCCCGACCUUUGACCCAACCGCUAUUCAACUUAUUGUUUCGCCCACACAAGUGAAACCUGAGCUACCUGGGCAGACCUCUGAUGGCCAUUCCCUCCGUGACUCACCUGCAGGACCCGCCUAUUUGACUGGUGUCACCGGGUCUCCAAAACGGGCAUUCCCAGUUGAUGACCACGAUGAUGAUUUUCGUCCACGGAAAUUUAUGCGAGGAGAAUCGCCACUCAAGGGUGCGGCUGGUAGAAGGCUGGACCAAAAACGAACACACCAUGCCAACGGAAGUAAUGCAAGCAAUCUUGGUCAAGCUCGAGUGGCAGCGCAGGCACAGCCGCUUCCAAGAGAUCUUGUGUAUCUUCUCAGUAUCAUUCCUCCUGCAUCCACGUAUGAUUCUGUAAGAUUCAUACCGGAAAAUAUGGUGAAUUUGCUCAGGCAAAUUGAUAUCCCAUCUUCAGUGUCGCAGCUACGCCAAAAUCAUAGUACUGCGGGGCGCUCUCAAUAUGGCGGAGCAUACCGUGCGAAUUCCUAA